AGGCUACAAUCUCACUUAAGUGCCCGAUCGGAUUGGUAUAUUAUUAUAUUGUCAUCGGCGACCGAUGACUGAGGCGGCGGCGUAAUUAAGCGAAUGGACCAUCCCAAGUCGGGGCCGGACAAGCCGCGCAGAGAGUCGCCCGCUUCGGCCGGUGGCGGCGGUGCGGAGCGAAAAGUGGACAACAAACCGAAGAAGGACAAAAAGGACAAGGGCAAGGAUGGGACCGUCGCGGCAACGGGCGGUAGCAAGCGGAGCAAAAAAAGCAAAAAAGAUACCGCGAAACCCAGGACCCGGGUCGUCAUCCGCCGGUUACCGCCAUCGAUGACGGAGGAAAUGUUUCGCGAGCAGAUAUCGACCGACGAUGUGCUGCCGAGGCACGAAGAGUUCUACUUCGUGGGGCCGGAUUGGUCGCUGGGCGUGAACGCCUCGUCACGGGCCUACAUCACCUUCACGGAUCCGGCCGAUGUGUUUCGCUUCACGGAGAGCUACGAUGGGUACACGUUCGUCGACAGCAAGGGCGCCGAGUACCCGGCCGUGGUGGAGUACGCCCCGUUCCAGCGGCUGCCCAAGAAUCGGUCCCGCAAGAAGGACUCCAAGUGUGGUACGAUCGAAACCGACGAUCACUUCAUUGCGUUCAAGGAAGCGCUGGAAGCGGAGGAACAGGAAGCCCAGCAUGGACGGGGAACGCAGGAAUUCAAUUUUAACCUGGAACCAGAGGAGAAAAUCGUAAUGACGCCGCUGCUGGAGUAUGUCGCACAACGGAAGCAGGAGAAGCGGGAUGAGCGGCGCCGGAAGCAGGAGGAAAAGCGAAAGGUUCGCGAUGAAGAGCGGCAUGGGCGUAAGACUCAGAUUGCCAAAGCGAUGCCGGAAGCGAUUAAGGAAGAGAGGGAAGUUACCGCAAUCAUGGUGCGAACGGUCCCGUCGAGAUUGGAUCCGGCACAAAACGCAUCGAAAGGAUCGGCGAGUGGCUCGGACAAGAAAGGCGCCGAGGGGAAGGGUAAGGACGAGCGAAAAAAAGAUAAGAAAAAGGAGCGCAACAGGGACCGGAAGGAGGACGAAAGUAAGGCGACACAGGCGGCCACCGACAAAGCGGAUGGUGACAAAAAUCCGCCCAAGAAGCAGGAUCGCGAAAAGGCGGGAAAGAAACGGGAAAAGGACAAGGCGAAGGAACAGGAUGCGCGACCUCACCAACAGCAUCCGAAGGGUGAACGAAGUGAGAAGCACCGCAAGGAACCGGCCGCGUCUGGCAAACAGAAUGACCAACCGUCGAAGUCCUCGUCGAACUGUCCUCCCACCGGGGCGGCGGUCAAAAAAGAGAUCAAGAAGUACAGUGAGCGGCGCAAGGAAACGCGAGCCCGUGCGGAAUCGCGGUUCGCCGAGCAGGACAACCAGUGGUCGGUGGAUGGCGGAGGAACGGACCCAACCGUUCCGAAGAUCGACAUUAAGAAGAGCAUCCUCACGGCGGACGUACCGCCAUUCGUCCCGAAGGAGAAGACGAUCACUAUCCUGCGCAGUCCUGCGUCCACGGCCUCCGCCAAACCACCUUCACUGCCUCCAGCCGAGCGCUCUUCAUCCGCUGCCCAAAAUUCCUCCUCCGCGCGCGACGUACCUUCUCCGAUCUCAGAGGAAACGAACACGGACAACGGAAAGUCACCUUCGCCGGACACACUGGUCAGUGGUGAUCGGCCAAAGGACGAUCACAUUCGUCAGAAGCUGAAAGAGGCGCGGGUAGCGCGCAAAAUACGCAACAAGGAUCGGCCCUCGAUAGAGAUCUAUCAACCGCGCAAACGGAUCGUGGCCGGCAAAGCCGAAGAGGAGCGUGGCGGGCGCAGUGACUCCGAUCGUCCCUCGGACACACCACUGUCAACGGCAGCUUCGGGCGACGGCACGGCAGAUCGGCGCCACCGGUUGACGAAAAAAGCUUCGUCCAAGGAUGACCGUAAGAACGCACGACGGAAGAACUCAAGCGAUGUCGAAGGGCAGCCCACCACGAACGAGGCACCGACCGUUGACGCCAGUUGAAGGGCACCGGGGGCGGGGAAUCCUUUGAUUUGAUGUGUAGCUUUUACCGUCUCGGGGACGCAAUAAAUCUGUGGAGAACACG